AUGUUUACUAACCUCACACGACGUAUCCUCGAUAAACAGCCGAUCGAUGUGGAAUUUUUUUUUAUAAUAAACAUCAACAUGGAACUACAUUUUAAACUUCAAGACAACCAAUCGAAACCAGAACGAACCCUACGCCCCAUAAUGUUCGUCUCCUGGCUCCUGGGCGUGGGCGUCGCAAGGCCCAAAAAGUGUCCUAAAGCGAUCACUAUGAUCCUCCACGCACUCCACUUCGGCGUGUGCACGGUGACCGUUGCAUUCGCCGCGAUAGACUUCGCAGACUUCCACGAGGUGUUCUCGAGCGAUCUAUUCGAGAUCAUGUACUGCGUGAACGAGGUAAUCCGCCACGUUUCGGCGUAUUACUAUGUCUGCCACGUGAUACAGCACUACGACAAGUGGCCUGCAUUGAUGAAGAAGAUGGAAUCGUUGGAUCAACACAUCGGUACAGAGCUACCGGUCAAUGAAAAAGCCGUCAGGAUCAAGCAGAUCCUGGCUGUUCUGGCAGUCUGUUUGCUAGGUCCUGUAUCGCUGACAGCGCACGUUGUCUACUACUACUUCACAGCACCCGAUCAGAUAUACGCGUCCGAUUUGCUCCUUUAUUACACGAUUGCGCAGACUUUGGCGAACAGUUUCGUGUUCGAUAUCAUCGUAUACAUGAUCUGCCAGCGAUUCAGGUCGAUCAACGCGACGAUCGAGCGAAUGGAUGAGAAAUUAGGCGCAUCUUGGACUGCCUCGAAGAUUCGGAGGAUCAGAAAACUCCACUCUGAAGCAUGCUCCGUGGUAGGGACGGUUAACGAAAUCUACGGUAUAGAUCUCCUGUUGUGUUCGACGAACGCGUUCGUAACGGUAGUCGCGAAGCUCUUCAGGAUCUACAUGAGCGCGAAGGAACAGCAAAGUGGGUUCAUUGUCUUGAACAACGUCAUCUGGUUGAUCUACGGUCUCCAAUUCGUUGUGAUGUGUUGGGUGUGCACGUUGACACAUCGAGAAAUAAAUAAAAUUGGCCUCUGCAUAGAGGAGUUCGCGUUGAAUACACAACACUCGUCCAAGUUUAAUAGAUUGGCACCCUUCAGGAGCUUUCGACAAAAGGAACCGACAUGGUUGGAGGUGUACAAUGAUCGAUCCGACCUGUAUCGAUACGCGGUGAAUCUAAACGGUCUUGGAAUGGAGAGCCUUCCGAGAACGGACUUCGAUCGCGACUGCGUUCGAAGCGAGACCAACGAUUUUAUUUUACAGUUGCAACUAUGUCGCGUUAAAUUCACCGCCUGCGAUUUUUUCGAAAUGGACAAUUCCUUACUGACGAGGUUUAUCAGCGUUAUCACCACGUACCUGAUCAUUCUUGUACAGUUCUACGAAACCAAGGAGCACAAAAAUCGUUGAAGUCUCAGUGUUAAAUUAUUGGCGAGUAUUCUAAAGUAAAACGUAUUCAUCGUCGAAUUUUAGUCUUUAAAAUACAAAUUUGGAAAUAUGAAUCUAAUUGUUAGUUAUUAAAUAGUAACUGUUAAUAUAGGUAUUAGUAAGUGCCUCUGGCAACAGGCAACCAGCUCCGACUCGCGCGCGCAA